CUACUCUCCACAUAUCAGCUUUUGGCAUAUUGCUUAAGCCAAAAAAAAUUUUAAGACUUUUGGCAUACUUCAAGAAUUCCCAUAAGAAACUGCUCAAUCUUAAUUUCAUAGGAAUGAAAAGAACCUCGUAGGGGAAAAGGAAAAUUUUUGUACUUGUGUGUUUCAUGCUGCAAUUCUGCUUUCUCAGAAUCAAUUUCUGAUUUCUUUCUUUUCCUCAAAAUUCUCAGAUUUCCCAGAAUUUCUGCUUCUCUCUGCUAAAGUCUCCUGAGUGCAGCUUAGGCUUUGGCUAUAGUGAUGGAAAAUUUUGCAAGGAGUUGCCUGCAGUUUCUCUUGAAAAUUUUGAAUUCCAUUAUGGGAAUUUCUGGUAUUGCCAUGAUCCUGUAUGGCUUGUGGAUGGUUAGAGUUUGGCAAAGAGACAUGGGCGGCUCACCGUCCGGCGAGUUUAAUUCCUCUGCUCCAUGGUUUAUAUAUAGUUUUCUAGGCACCGGUAUUGCCUUGUGUCUGAUAACAUGCUCAGGUCAUGUUGCUGCAGCUUCUGCAAACAGCCAUUGCCUUUCUUGUUAUACAGUGAUCAUAUUUGUGGUUCUCCUGUUGGAAACAGCAAUGAUAGCAGAUAUAUUCUUAAAUUCUGACUGGGAGAAGCAGGACUUGCCCGAUGAUCCAACCGGAAGGUUCAACGAUUUUAAAGAUUUUGUGAAGUCAAACUUUGAUAUCUUCCAAUGGAUCGGUUUUCUGAUCAUUUUAGCACAGGGACUUUGUGUUUUGUUGGCCAUGGUUCUGAAAACUCUUGGGCCAAACAUGAGAGCUGAUUAUGAUAGUGAUGCCGAUUAUGCUUCGGCUAGGCUUCCGCUCCUAAAUCACCCUGCUCAACAGCUUCCAUAUGUCAUCGGCGACCCUAACUUUGCCUCCAAAAAUGAUUCUUGGAAUGAGAAAAAUUAUGAGAAGGCAACCAAGUGAAGCUGACUGUAAGAGUUCCCACUUUCAUGUGGGGAAAGUGCAUAAGGCCUGCAACUACCAGUUCAUCGAGGUGGCUAUAUCUGCUGAGUGAGCUGCCGGAUGAAAUGGAAGAAGAGAGUUUAAACCAGGAAAUCAGCAUACACAUGCAGAAUCUUAAAACUAAAUUUUGGGGUUUAAAAUUCCUAGUGUAUUUGUGAUUAGUUCUGUUUGUGACGAUGAGGACAUAGUCCUUUGUAAGUUGAUUUUUGUUGCUGUUAAUGAAAAUUUUGGUUAUAAUUAAUUAUAA